UUUGCUGAACUACAGGAGAGAUUAAAUACUCUGGAGAAUAAGAUGUUAGAGCUGCGUCUUACAGAUACUGUUGGAGUGCCAUCUGCAGCCAAUGAGACAUCUGAUGCUGCUAUGCCAUGGGAGAACCACAUGUUCAUACAAAGGGGACCACCAGGUCUGAGAGGAGCACCUGGACAAAAAGGAGAGCCAGGAGAGCGAGGACCACCUGGUUCCCAGGGACUACCUGGCCUUCCUGGACCUGUUGGUCCCCCUGGGAAGAUGGGGGAAGUGGGUGAGGCAGGGACACCUGGACGAACAGGUGCGAUGGGACCUCGAGGACCCCCAGGUCCAAGGGGAUUCCCAGGAGAGACGGGACUGCCAGGCCCACCCGGUAUCCCAAGCUUCACUCAAGAUGUCCAACAUAGCUUGGGUUAUCCAGGAAGUGAACCCACCGAAAUGCCAAUUUCUGCCACCAAGACUGAAACUUUCCUCAGAGGCCUCCCUGGUUCCCCAGGGAAACCAGGCCCACCUGGAAUACCAGGGCUUCCUGGACCCCCUGGAGCUUCUGGACCAAAAGGCAACCAAGGCCUUCCUGGUCUGAAAGGAGAUCCAGGUGACAGAGGCCAGCCAGGCUUGCGUGGUGAGAGUGGCUACAGAGGUUUACCAGGUGAACCAGGACAGAAAGGAGAAUGCUGUGACAAAGAAUCAGAGGGAGAAGCAGUUGAGCAGCUUCGGGAGGCUUUGAAGAUAAUAGCUGAACGAGUUUUAAUUUUGGAACACAUGAUCAAAAUCCACGAUGGUUCUGCAGCACUGGAGUCUGGGUCGGGUUUUGAAACACUACCUCCAAAUCUUAAGAUCAAGAGGGAAGGACAGCUGCAUCAUACACUCUCCGCACUGCUGGCUGGCAAGGAACGCAAACACAAAUAG